GUUUGGAAACGGGGUGGCAAUGGAAGCCGAGUUUCGGGAAAUCGACGAACCCGGGAGUUGGAACGCCAUUUACCAGGAAAUUCGUCAGCAGUCGAGUGAGCUGCCCUGCAAUGUUGCCAAACUGCCAGAGAACAAAAUUCGCAAUCGCUACAGAGAUGUCAGUCCAUUCGAUCACAGCAGAAUCCGUCUGCAGCUGGGCACAAACGACUACAUUAAUGCCAGCCUGAUCUCCAUGGAAGAGGCGCAGAGAAGCUACAUUCUUACUCAGGGUCCUUUGCCCAACACCUGUGGGCACUUCUGGGAGAUGGUGUGGGAGCAGCGGACUCGUGGAGUAGUGAUGCUGAACAGGGUGAUAGAGAAAGGAUCUCUUAAAUGUGCUCAGUACUGGCCACAGCGGGAGGAGAGGGACGCCGUUUUCGAAGACACAAACUUCAAGCUGACUUUCAUUUCAGAGGACGUUAAGUCAUACUACACAGUCCGGCAGCUGGAACUGGAGAAUCUAUUGACUCAGGAAACCAGAGAGAUACUCCAUUUCCAUUAUACUACCUGGCCUGACUUUGGGGUUCCAGAGUCUCCCGCCUCCUUCCUCAACUUCCUGUUUAAGGUGCGAGAGUCUGGGUGCCUGAAUCCGGACCAGGGGCCCGUGGUGGUCCACUGCAGUGCCGGCAUUGGCCGAUCGGGCACUUUCUGCCUCGUAGACACGUGUCUCUUGCUGAUGUCGAAAAGAAAGGAUCCAUCCACGGUGCGGAUCAGGGACGUUUUGCUGGAAAUGAGACGCUACCGGAUGGGUCUGAUCCAAACGGCAGACCAGCUCCGCUUCUCCUACCUCGCCGUCAUCGAAGGGGCCAAGUACAUCAGGGGUGACACAUCUGUGCAGGAGUCAUGGAAGGAGCUGUCCAACGAGGAGGAUAUACCACCAGAGCUCACACCUCCUCCCCGACCCAGGCCUCCCAAAGACCCCCACAACGGCACGGCUGAGACCAUGUCUCGCUUCUUCCCUGGUCCUCAGGGAGAGGAGGUGGUGGAGACGCACAAUGCCAUCCACACACGCAGUGCUCCACCAGAGCCAGAGCUUCGUCGGCGAGGAAUGGGUGAAGAUUCCUCCUCUUCCUCUCCUAUGAGCGUAGGCUGUAAUCAGACGGAUGACGGGAGCCAGACCAAACACAGCGACCGGGCCCUACCGGAGGCCCCGGUCAAGCCCCCGCGAACACCUCAGGAGACACCGAAGAGAGACGUCACGCCAUCGGCCGCGGACGGCCCCAGCGCAGCCUGGAGCCCCCUACUGGGCAACGUGUGCAUGUGCACGCUGUUGGCCCUCGGCGCAUACGUUUUCUACAGAGUGUAUUUCCACUGAAGCUGUACUCUCCUCUUUUCAUCCUUCCCUCUCUCUCUCUCUCUUCCUCUCUCUCUCUCUCUCUCUCUCUCUCUCU